AUGUGACUCCGUCUGUCUCGCAAACAUCCGCUCUGUUUAGGAUUAUGAAAGCAUGAUUAGCGAGAACUUUAUAACUGCGCCACCGCGCCACUGAAUAAAAGCGGACGGAUGGCCCCGGUUGAAUGGCUUAUUUAGGACCUCGACUGGGACCAUCGCGCAUCUUUGUCCCCGGUGUUUCCGUGUUCAGACUCUUCAGCUCGGUCGGGAUGGACGACAUGGGUCUGGCAAUGAGUCGUUCCCCGCUGGAGCGGCUCGACUUUGACAACGUCGCCCUCAAGAAACUACCCCUGGACCCGUCCGAGGAGCCGGGGGUACGGCAGGUGAAAGGAGCGUGUUUCUCCCGGGUGAAGCCGCAGCCGCUGACCAAGCCUCGGUUCGUGGCUGUGUCGCAUGAAGCCCUGGCGCUGCUGGGUCUCAGCGAGGAGGAGGUCACGAACGAUCCGCUCGGACCAGAGUAUCUCAGCGGCUCCAGAGUGAUGCGUGGAUCUGAGCCCGCCGCACACUGCUACUGCGGCCACCAGUUCGGCCAGUUCGCCGGGCAGCUGGGCGACGGGGCGGCCUGCUACCUGGGGGAGGUGAAGGUGCCACCCGGCCAGGAUCGCGAGCUGCUGCGGGAAAACCCAAGUGGCCGGUGGGAGAUUCAGGUGAAGGGAGCAGGACUGACUCCUUAUUCCAGACAAGCCGAUGGCCGUAAGGUCCUGCGCUCCAGCAUAAGAGAGUUCCUGUGCAGCGAAGCAAUGUUCUUCCUGGGUGUGCCCACCACCAGAGCAGGCUCCGUAGUGACCUCUGACAGCAGGGUCAUACGGGAUGUAUACUACAGCGGACAACCUCGCCAUGAGAGAUGCUCUGUGGUCCUCCGCAUCGCCCCCACCUUCCUCAGGUUUGGAUCCUUUGAAAUCUUCAAGCAGGCGGACGAGUUCACAGGCCGUCAGGGUCCCAGCUACGGACGUGAUGAGAUCCGAAGUCAGAUGAUGGAUUAUGUCAUUGAGACGUUUUACCCCGAGAUCCAGCAGAAUUACCCAGACCGAGUGGAGAGGAACGUGGCUUUCUUCCGAGAGGUGAUGAGUCGUACAGCUCAACUCGUGGCACAGUGGCAGUGUGUAGGUUUCUGCCAUGGAGUCCUGAACACAGACAACAUGAGCAUCCUGGGACUCACGCUGGACUACGGUCCAUAUGGCUUUAUGGACAGGUUUGAUCCGGAUUUCAUUUGCAACGCCUCCGAUAACUCCGGCCGUUACUCCUACCAGGCGCAGCCGGCUAUUUGCAGGUGGAACCUGGUGAAGCUAGCGGAGGCUCUUGCUCCAGAGCUGCCACCAGACCGGGCUGAGGCUGUUAUGGAUGAGUACCUGGAUCUGUAUAACGGCUUCUACAUAGAGAACAUGAGGAAAAAACUGGGUUUAUUGAAGAAGGAGGAGCCUGAAGAUGAAAUUCUGAUCACUGAGCUGCUGCAGGCCAUGCACAACACAGGUGCUGACUUCACAAACACCUUCCGCAGCUUGAGUCAGAUUUCCUGUCCCACUGAGGGAGAAGGUGAAGGAGAAGAGGAGCUUGCGAAGAAAGCCACAGCCCUCCUGCUGGAACAGUGUGCCUCUUUAGAGGAGCUCAAAGCCGCCAACAAACCUACUAUGGAUCCACGUGAGCUGGCGAUGCUGCUCUCUAUGGCUCAGAGCAACCCAGCGCUGUUCCAGAUGAUCUCAGACAGGAUGACAAUAGCGAGGCAGUUAGACAAACUCAGCAGACUGAAAGACCUGAUGGACACCAGCCAGGAAGAGCUGAAAACCAAACAGGCGGAGGAGUGGACCAGCUGGAUCACACGCUAUAGGAAGCGUCUGGCUCGCGAGCUGGAGGGCCAGAGUGAUGUGCAGGCUGUGCAGGAGGAGAGGGUGAGGGUGAUGGACAGCACCAACCCUCGUGUCAUUCUCAGGAACUACAUUGCCCAGAAUGCAAUAGAGGCUGCUGAGAACGGAGACUUCUCUGAGGUCCAGCGGGUCCUCAAGGUUCUGGAGAAGCCUUUUUCUUCCCAGCCAGGUCUGGAGCUUCCUGCGUGGGUUGGCAGAGGCGGUGCCACUGAACAGGGAGAGAGGGAUGAAGGAGAGGAGCAACAGCAAGAGGCUGCAUCUACAUCCACAGACACAGCCAGGAGUCCUGUUCCCUAUGACAGCAAGCCCCCAGCUUGGGCCCAUGAAAUCUGUGUUACAUGAUCUUCGUAGUAACUUCCCUGAUUGUUAGCCUGCCUGCCUAAAAUGACAAGAGAGUUUCUUUAAUCCAUAUUUUUUACCUUUAUACCCCCCCCCUCAGUCACUGUGUAACUCUCUGUUACUUUAGCAGGCAGCGUCAAGGAAGUUAGUGUGAGGCACGACACACUACAGGCUACCUAGCUGAUACAAAGCAGACAGGGAAUGAGUUGAGUUUGGUGGUACAAAUAUAUAUAAAUUACAAACAUGAUGUUGCCAUGUCUGGUGAAAAGCUUUUGACCAUGUGUGAAACGUUUUUUUCUGAUGACAUUGACAUUUCUGCUUAAAACAGAAUUUUGUAAUGGGCUUCAACGUCUAAAUCUGAGGAAUUUGCUCGACAAGGGGUUGGCGGGGUCACCCUUAAAUCCAUGCGUGGCAUUUUUGAAUGCAAGAUGCAUUCAGUGAAAGAAAAAUAGAUGGGAUUUUUAUACAAAAGUGCACACAAAUGCAGUUUAUGAAAUACAUUUAGGGGCAUUUUUAUUAUUUCUGGUGACUUUUCGUCUUUGCAAAAAAAAUACCCUCAACUUGUUCCCUGUCUGUUUUGUGUUUCGUUAGAUAUUGAUGACGGCUCAGACAACAUGUCCGACAGUGACCUGUCUGACUCUGAUAAAUUGUGUGGUGUCGCCUCAAAAUAUACCAAAUAAUAUGAUUUGUGUGUGUGUGAGUGAGUGAAAGAGAUGAUCUUUUAGGCACGUUUGUUGGUGAAAGGGAAUGAUUGCACAUGAUCCAAUGAGCCGCAGAAGAUAAGACACGCACAAUAUAUUCUACUAUAAUAGAAAGCACUGUGUUUUGCCACUGUCAUAGCAGCACUUGAUACGCACAGAACCACAAACCAUGUUUUAUCUUAAUAUGUUCCGUAGGCAUGCAAACUACUGUUGGUCUAGAUUUGAUUGAAGGAAAAAAAAAUGGGAUCUGCAUAUUUGAGUAUUUUAGUUUGGCUGUGAACAUGCACAGAUGUUAGAGGAAGUUUAAUAUAACUGGUAUAAAUGUGAUUCAUACCCUUCUGUGAAUUCGUUUGAGCUAUGAUGGCGCCUCAUAGCACUGACUAUAACUUCCUCCAUUUGAACCAGGAUCACUCUGUUGUCUAGGCAACUGGAUUCAGAUCUUUUUGUCAAAAUAAAGCCAUUAGGCUCUAACAAAUAAUAAAAAUGGACAGAAAGAGA